UCCCAUUCUAUUCGUUUUAACAGUCGUCGUCAUUCAUGUGCUCUCUCGUCUCGUGCUUGCUGCUUUGAUUGCGACCACCCAACCUAGUCUAGCCUUAGCCUGGCGACCCUCCUUCCCUCCUUCCUUCCUUCCUUCCUCAUCUCGUGCCCGCGUCGCCUGGCCUUACCCUCACCGACGGUGCUAUCAAUCAACUUCAACUAUUCCCAUCCUAUCCCCGAUUCCCUUCACUGCGAGUGAAAUAUAUAAAAUCAUUUUCUUUUCUUCAUUUAACUCCCCUAUCCCCCCUCGCCCAGUGCUCCUCUCCUCGCCUGCCCUCCUCUUCCUUCAUAAGACUAGCUUCAGCGGUAGCGUAACGUCUGUUACAAGCUCCGGUGGACAAAAAAGAAAAACGCCAUGAACUCCGAUCCUGAGCGACCCACCUUGUCCUCUCUUGGAAGGGUGGGGAAGUCAUCUGGCGAGAUUGAUCGUGCGCAGGAGCCUCUCAUUAAUGGAACAUUAGCCACUUCUCACGAGCAUUACUCCGUUGCCGCCGCCGUUCUCCCGUUUCUUUUCCCAGCUCUUGGAGGACUCCUAUAUGGCUAUGACAUCGGUGCCACAUCCUGUGCUACAAUAUCCAUUGAGUCGGCAACACUGAGCGGCGUUUCAUGGUAUGACUUGUCUUCUGUAGAGAUCGGCCUCAUUACUAGUGGUUCCCUGUACGGGGCUUUGAUUGGCUCUGCCUUAGCUUUCAAAAUCGCCGAUUUUUUAGGGAGAAGGAGGGAGUUGAUUCUGGCAGCAUUUCUAUAUUUUGUGGGGGCUCUUCUUACAGCAUUAGCGCCAGAUUUGGCCGUUAUGAUCGUUGGACGUUUUGUGUAUGGUAUAGGAAUCGGACUGGCGAUGCACGCUGCUCCCAUGUACAUUGCUGAGACAUCACCAAGUCCGAUCCGAGGUCGACUGAUCUCCCUCAAAGAGUUCUUUAUCGUUCUAGGGAUGGUUGCAGGAUACGGAAUUGGAAGUCUUCUAGUAGAGAUAGUUGCAGGUUGGCGCUACAUGUACGGAACUAGCACGCCUUUGGCAAUUAUUAUGGGAAUUGGAAUGUGGUGGCUACCUUCAUCACCUAGAUGGGUGCUACUACGUGCCAUACAAGGGAAAGGCGACAUGGAAGAGUUGAGGGAGGCAGCAGUACAUAAUUUGUGCAGGCUCAGGGGACAGGCUAUCGGUGAUUCUGCUCCUGCGCAAGUAAAUGAGAUGUUGGAUGAGCUUGCCUAUGUUGGAGAGGAAAAGGAAGCUUCGUUCACUGAAAUGUUCAGGGGAAGAUGCUUGAAAGCUCUUAUUAUUGGAGCUGGAUUGGUCUUGUUUCAACAGAUAACGGGGCAGCCAAGUGUACUGUAUUAUGCAGCUUCGAUCUUUGAGAGUGCAGGGUUUUCUGCGGCAUCUGAUGCAACAAGGGCCUCAAUUCUACUGGGACUUUUGAAGCUGAUUAUGACUGGAGUAGCUGUUCUUGUUGUCGAUAGAGUUGGAAGGAGACCGCUGUUACUUGGUGGUGUUUCUGGAAUUGUGAUCUCGCUAGUCCUUCUUGGAUCCUACUACCUUUUCUUGGAUGAUGUGCCUGUUAUUGCUGUGGUAGGAUUGCUGUUGUACGUUGGAUGUUAUCAGGUAUCUUUUGGACCUAUUGGCUGGCUGAUGAUAUCCGAAAUUUUCCCAUUGAGGCUAAGAGGGCGAGGACUGAGCAUAGCUGUGCUUGUGAAUUUCGGAGCGAACGCGUUGGUCACCUUUGCAUUCUCUCCAUUAAAGGCGCUGCUGGGAGCUGGGAUCGUGUUCUACGGGUUUGGAGUGAUAGCUGUGGCAUCCCUCCUCUUCAUUUACUUCGUGGUGCCAGAGACCAAGGGGCUCAGUCUUGAGGAAAUCGAAGCUAAAUGUUUAUGAUCAUCACGCAUGAGGCAUGCCAUGCACACUGGGGCUGGCUCGAUGUCGAUGAUAUGAUAUGCGGGGGAGAGUCGUAUGUCAAAUUCGUGCAGUGUGUUAUAGUUGAGCUGCGGAUAACCACCACUUUUUUUUGUAUCAUCUUUAGAUUGAGUAGCAACAAACCAGCAGGGGAAUUUACUAGCUUCAACCAAGGGGUUUAGAAGCCUGUACGUCUUGGUUUAGUGUGUGAUUAUACGUCAGUCAAUAAACACAAUCCCGAUGCAGUGCAGUGUGGUAUUAAGAACAACUCAAUUGUUAUUCGGGCGCAUCGCGCAUCAGUUGAGAACUCAUUGUCUUUCGAACA